CCCGCCUGACCCCGCGGCCGCCGUCUCAGGAGGGCGCUGGUGGGAGCGGCGAGGACGGCUGCGGCCCCGGUAUCGGUACCUACAUCGGCACCGGGACAGAUACCGCCACUCACACCGCCACUACCACCAGCAUCGACGCCGGGACAGACGCUGAGGAUAACACCGGCCCCGCCUGUGCCGGCGGCGGGGGAAAGUCCUUCAGCCCGGGGCGGCGGCGGGAGGAGCGCGGCUGACGCGGCGGCGAAGGCGGCGAAGGCGGCGAGGAAGAGGAGGAAGAGACCAGCGGAGAGCACGUACGGACGGACAGCCCCCGGGCCGCCCCGUCCGGCGGCAGGCAAGCAGAGGAUUAACCAUCUCCCGAGGGCAAGGAGAGUUAGGUGCAUGGCUGCAUCAAGAGUGCUGCAGGACUUGGCUGUGUUGUUCGGAGGGAUCUUCAUUCUGACAACCGGCAGCUGAGUCCACGAUGGAGUUGUUGUUCUCUCCGGAGGAGCUGUGUGUGUCGGAUCAGUACCGCUGAGGACAGCGCCGAUUGCCACGCUCGGGGCGAGGCCCUGCCGCAGCUGUCAGGAGAACACUGCAAUGGAUCUCAAAGAGAGCUGCCCGAGUGUCAGCAUCCCCAGCUCCGACGAGCACCGAGAGAAGAAGAAGAGGUUCACCGUUUACAAAGUGCUGGUGUCGGUGGGCAGGAGCGAGUGGUUCGUCUUCAGACGCUAUGCAGAGUUUGACAAGCUCUACAACACGCUAAAGAAGCAAUUUCCCACCAUGAACCUGAAGAUUCCAGCUAAAAGAAUAUUUGGAGAUAAUUUUGAUCCUGAUUUUAUCAAACAGAGAAGAGCAGGACUGAAUGAAUUCAUUCAGAAUUUAGUUAGACAGCCAGAGCUAUGCAACCACCCAGAUGUCAGAGCGUUUCUUCAGAUGGACAACCCCAAACACCAGUCGGAUCCAUCUGAAGAUGAAGAUGAAAGGAGCGGUCGGAAGCAGUUAAACUCUACCUCACAGAAUAUCAACUUGGGACCGUCUGGAAAUCCUCAUGCUAAACCAACAGACUUCGAUUUCCUGAAGGUGAUUGGGAAGGGCAGCUUUGGCAAGGUUCUUCUCGCGAAGCGGAAACUGGAUGGGAAGUACUACGCUGUCAAAGUGCUGCAGAAGAAGAUUGUUCUUAAUAGGAAAGAGCAAAAGCACAUCAUGGCGGAGCGCAACGUGCUGCUGAAGAACGUCAAGCAUCCCUUCCUGGUGGGCUUGCACUACUCCUUCCAGACCACAGAGAAGCUUUACUUUGUCCUGGACUUUGUUAAUGGGGGAGAGCUGUUCUUUCACUUGCAAAGGGAGCGUUCCUUUCCUGAGCACAGAGCCAGAUUCUACGCUGCUGAAAUAGCCAGUGCCCUGGGCUACCUGCACUCCAUCAACAUUGUCUACAGGGACUUGAAACCAGAGAACAUCCUCCUGGACUCCCUAGGCCACGUUGUGUUGACAGACUUUGGACUCUGCAAGGAAGGGAUUGCAAGUUCCGACACCACCGCCACUUUCUGCGGGACACCAGAAUAUCUUGCACCAGAAGUCAUUAAGAAGCAGCCCUAUGACAACACAGUAGACUGGUGGUGCCUGGGUGCAGUUCUGUAUGAAAUGCUUUAUGGGCUGCCUCCUUUCUACUGCCGGGACAUUGCUGAGAUGUAUGAGAACAUUCUUCACAAGCCCCUGGUCCUGCGGCCAGGGAUCAGCCUCACAGCCUGGGCCAUCCUGGAGGAGCUCCUGGAGAAGGAUCGGCAGAGCAGGCUUGGAGCAAGGGAGGAUUUCCUUGAAAUUCAGAAGCAUCCAUUCUUUGAAUCUCUCAGCUGGACUGACCUCCUUCAGAAGAAGAUUCCACCACCAUUUAAUCCCAAUGUGGUUGGACCAGAUGAUAUUGGGAACUUUGAUGCAGUGUUUACAGAAGAAAUGGUCCCGUACUCGGUCUGUGUCUCCUCGGAUUACAGCAUCGUCAACGCCAGCGUGCUGGAGGCAGACGAUGCCUUCGUUGGCUUCUCUUACGCCCCUCCUUCUGAGGACAUCUUCUCCUAGGGACUGAGGAGGCAGCAGUGUCUGGGCAGCCUUGCGCUGAACUGCACCUUCCGGGCUGUGGACGCAUCCCAGACUUAGCUUAACUAGUGCCUGGGUUUGGGUGUAGGUUUGAAACCUACGAACAAAGCUGCUCUGCUGUAUCAGAGGAAUUUGGGCAUUCUGGAUGGCUUCCCUUGGGGCUUGGACCGUUUGUUCCCGCUGCAGACAGUAUUUUUUUAACCCUUUCAAAAGCAUUCUGUAGGUAUUUUUUAAGCAAAAGCACUGACUGUUCUCCUCAAUCCCUUCAAGUUUACAGCCCUACCUAUCUGAGAUCUGGCUGGCACAAACAGCAGUCAAUUUAGUAACCUUCCAGAUGCUUUUGUACCUAUUUGCAGUGACUUUGUGCUUGAAUUGUAACUAUGCAAACUGUCUUUUGUAUAUCCUGGUCUAAAAAAGGUCAGUGUUUUCCCUGUUCUGUCAGUUGGAGGCAUAUGUUGAUUUACCUGCCAGCACUUAAAUGAGAGGUCAGUAGGAGCUAAGGCUGAGGUUCUCAAAGGACUUCCACAGAAGGAAGAACUGGUCCCAUCAAACUGGAUUCUUGCUCUCGCUGAAGCACUGCUUGCUGAACUGGAUGACCUGAGGGAUGGGGCUUACUCCAGGCAAGGAUGGAACAGAUUAACCGGAUCCAUUUGAUGACAUUACUGAUGGUGUGUUUGACUUUCCCUUCCUCCCUCAGCUAAACGCGUCUGUAGCUCAACCACAGUAAAAGGACUUUUGGUUACAACUCUGCUUUUCCAAAGAGAUAAUAUGCAAUAAUCACUGUUGCUUUACACGGCUCUCUUGCUCUGACCGUUUUGGGGUAGCUGGUGAGGGGAUCAUGCCAAGUAGUCGGGCUUUUUCUCACAGAUGUAUAGCUUUGAAACACUAAUCUGUCCCAAAUGGAUCGUUGGCUCAGCGCUCGCAGCUGCUUGUCUCGGUGCUCCAGUUUGCGCCGCUUUAAAGCCUCCACCUGGGGAAAGAAGCCCGCAGAGGAGGCUGCUGGUUUUACCGGGGGAGCCCUGGUGUGUCUCUCCUACGCUCCUGUGGACAGACUGCUCCAGCUGAGCAGUUUCUGUUGGAGGAAAUCCUAGGUUAAACGAUGCCAGCGCCGACUGCAGCUGCCGUGUGUAAAGGUCUCCUGCGGUAGUACUUUUGUAAUGUAUAUAUAAAACUUGUAAAUAACAGCUUAUUUUUGUCUGUUA